AUGUGCAAGCGUCAAAUAUUUUCCAGGUAUUAACAAUUAACGUAGGAGCGCGAAUAUAAUUGAAGACCAACGUAUGCGAUCAUUCUUUCUUUGUAUGUGUUAUUACAGUAACGACCGUUCUGAAAAAAAUGCUAAUCCAUUAUUUUAGGCAAGUAAAGUGACUUCUCACCAGUUAUGGGGAAAGAUCUUUGCUUACGUUCAGAGAAAUCGGUGAUGAGUGGUCUAUCUGAACGCAUGCUCAGAACUAACCCCCCCUCGCGUGACACAUUUGAAUCUGUAAUCCAUGGAAAUUACAGCAAAAAGAAUCGACAUUUGAGAAUCGGUGGCUUUCUGACUCUGUAAAGCCGCAGAGUUGUGCAGCACUCGCACCCGCGGACAGCGACCAGUGAGGGAGGCAAUGAGACAGCGAGCAGCUCACAUUGAAUCUCCUUAGAGAGAAUCUGGCUGCAUCCGUGAAAGGAAAAUAUGGAGAGAUGGCAUGUUUGGUUUUGUGUAUCGAGAAAACAAGAAAAAUGCCACUGUAAUUUAUGAUACAAAUUUGUACUUGUCACGUUAGGAGAUAAUUUUAUUCUGAGAAGAUAGAAUUCUCUCUCACCCGAAGGAAAAAUGGACGCCUCGCCAUCCAAGCAGGGGAGGAAGCGGGUGAAGAUCCACCCCAACACAGUGACGGUGAAGUACGCCACCCACUUCCCCCAACCGGGGGACGAGGGCUACGACGACGCGCCCUCCUUCGAGGACUUCGGUUCCUUUGUGGAGGAGAACCCUGACAAGAAGCUGCUGGCCGACAGGGGCGGCAGGACUUUCUUCGGCAGCACGGAGAGCCGGCCGAAGCCCGCGGGGCCGAAGGCGGAUAACGGGGUGGGCGAGCAGCUGCAGAGCUUCGGCGAGGCCUCGGUCUUCGCCUCCCGGGUGACGUGGGGCGCCCUCUUCGGCGCGGCGCUGGCGCACGGCUGCGUGGCGCUCAUCACCCGCCUGGCGGCCGACCGCUCCAAGGUGCCCUCCCUGGAGCUCCUCUUCAUUCGCUCGGUGAUCCAGGUGUUCUCCAUCGCCGUGGUCUACUACCACCAGGAGGCGCCCUUCGGGCCCAAGGGCUACCGGCUCCGUCUCUUCUUCUACGGCGUCUGCAACGUCAUCUCCAUCACCUGCGCCUACACCUCCUUCGCCAUCGUGCCGCCCAGCAACGGCACCAUCAUGUGGCGGGCCACCACCACCGUCUUCAGCGCCGUGCUGGCGUUCCUGCUCAUCGACGAGCGGCUGGGGAUGACCGACAUCGUCACGGUGGUGAGCAGCGUCUUCGGGCUCUGCCUGGUCAUGAUCCCCAACAUUGUGAGUGAAGACAAGUCGCCCCUGGGCUUCUGGAAGGAGGCCUUUGGCUACACCAUGACGGUGAUGGCCGGGCUGACCGCCGCCCUCUCCAUGAUCGUCUACCGGGCCAUCAAGGAGCGGGUCAGCAUGUGGACGGCCCUCUUCACCUUCGGCUGGACGGGCACGGUGUGGGGGGCCUCCACCAUGUUCAUCAUGCAGGAGCCCAUAAUCCCCCUGGACGGGGAGACCUGGGGCUACCUCAUCGGCAUCUGCGUCUGCUCCACGGUGGCGUUCCUCGGCGUCUACUACGCCCUGAACAAGUUCCACCCGGCCUUGGUCAGCACCGUCCAGCACCUGGAGAUCGUGGUGGCCAUGAUCCUCCAGCUCCUGGUGCUCCACAUGAUCCCGUCCGUCUACGAUGUGAUUGGAGGCCUCAUCAUCAUCGUCAGCGUCUUCGUCCUGACCGGCCUCAAGCUCUACUGGGUGGGGAAGAGCAGGCGGCAGGAUUAUGAGGAAAUACUUGACUCGCCCAUCAAAUGAGUGCGGGGCUUGUUCCCCUGUGUCGCAGCGCCCCUUCCUGGACGUGUGAGCGAACAGCCCCAUGAAUGUCUGAAUCGAGAUCUAUUUAUUUUGUAUUGUGUUGUUCAAAGAGUGCCAGUUGUGUAAUGUCUUUGUUAUCUGUAUCGUGAGGAAUAAAAAAAAAUAGUUUGCA